CGGCUCCCUGCAGCCGGAGCCGCAUGACGAGCGGAGGAGGCAGAGGGAGCAGCCCGGGCCGCGGGAGCCGGGAGCUGAGCGCCACGCGCGGGGGGUGGGCGCCGUUCGCUCCGCCCCGCGAAGCCCCUGCGUGUCUAGGGCCGCGACCGCUCCGCGCCAGGCGCGCUAGGCUCCGCCGUGUGGCCGCCGCCGCUGCCGCUGCCAUGUCCCCGGGGAAGCCCGGGGCGGGCGGAGCGGGGACUAGGCGGACCGGCUGGCGGAGAAGGAGGCGGAGGCGUCGGCUGGAGGCGGAGACGAGGGCGCCCGGCUUCGGGCACACGGCGGGGCGCGUCCCGGGCACGUUCCAGGGCGCGCAGGGCAUGAAGCCUGCGGCGCGGGAGACGCGGACACCCCCGCGCUCGCCCGGGCUCCGCUGGGCGCUGCUGCCGCUGCUGCUGUUGCUACGCCAGGGCCAGGUUCUGUGCACAGGUGCGGCACCGAAUCCUGUAUUUGACAUUGAAGCUGUCGUCAGCCCAACCAAUGUGGUAUUAACGUGGAAGCACAAUGACUCAGCCACUUCAGAAUGUAGAAUACAGAAUAAGAUGGAAAACAAGCUGAAUUUAACUGUUAAAAACCAGACAUCAUGUAGCAUCACAGGCUUAAGCCCAGCUACUUCCUAUACAUUCUUCAUCACCUUGGAAACAACCAAUGAGACCUUGGAGAAAAAUAUCACAACAGAGCCCUUGCCAGUGUCUGAUCUCCGUGUCGCCUUCCUGGGUGUGACACAGGCGCUUCUCACCUGGAGUAAUGCAAAUGGCACUGCCUCCUACCGGAUGCUGAUUGAAGAGUCGGCCUCAUCGGUCAAUGUUUCAGGUCUGAAGCCAGGGACCCAUAAUAUCUCGGUUUUCCCAGAGUCGAACAAGACACAGAAUGACUUUCCGGUUGCAGAAGAUGUCUUGGAUGCCAAUGGUACCACGAGAAGCCCAGGGGCCAACCUGUCCCAACCACACGAGACUCCUCUUGCCCCUGCCCAGGAUCCCUCCCUCACAGAGGUGUUGCUCACUGAGCUAAAGCCUUACACUCACUACAAUGUCACCAUUUAUCCUCAAGCAGCAGAUGGCACUGAAGGGCAGCCUGGGAAACAAGAGUUUGAAACAAAGUCCCUCGAGGUUUCUGACAUCCGAGCUGUGAACAUCAGCUUCUUGAGCAUGACCCUGACCUGGAAAAGCAACUACGACGGGUCCCGAACUUCACUUGUCUACAGAAUACAUGUGGCUGGGGAGACCAGCUCCAUCAACCAAACUGUCAAUGAGACUGAGGCCAUCAUCCUUGGACUCAGCUCGAGCACCUUGUACAACAUCACAGUUCAUCCUUUCCUGGGUCAGAUGGAGGGCAGACCCGGCUUCCUCCAAGUGUACACUUCUCCUGGUCCGGUGUCUGACUUCCGAGUGGCAAAUGUCAGCAUGAGGGAAAUUGGUUUGGCUUGGAGGAGCAAUGACUCGGAGUCAUUUGAGAUUUUCAUCACGCAGGACGGAGGUGGGAUGCAUCGAAACGCUUCGACGGGAAACCAGAGCUAUGUCGUGGAAGAUUUAAAACCUGGAACCAGUUACCAUUUUGAAAUAGUUCCACGAGGACCAGAUGGGACUAAAGGGCCACCCAGGACAAUUGAUGGGAGAACUGACCGUAGUGCUGUGGUUGGUAUCCAUGUUGUCAACGUUAGCACCACCGAACUGCAGUUGGAGUGGCAGAACACAGACAGUGCUUCUGGAUAUAUUUACCAUCUAGUUCUAGAGUCUAAGAAUGGCUCCAUCAGGACCAACAGUUCUCAGAAAUGGAUCACAGUAGGGGACCUUACCCCAGGCACCUUAUAUAAUGUCACAAUCUUUCCAGAAGUGGACCAGAUCCAGGGUGACUCCAACUCCAUUACCCAGUACACACGGCCCAGCAGCGUGUCCCACAUUGAAGUAAACACCACCACCACCGCGGCGACCAUCCGGUGGAAGAACGAGGACGCGGCCUCUGCUUCCUAUGUCUACUCCGUUCUUAUCUUGAAGACUGGAGAUGGCAGCAGUGUGACCAGCGAGGUCACAGGCAUCCCUUCCGUGACGGUCACCACGUUACUCCCCGGCGUCUCUUACACCGUGAAGAUCCUUACACAGGUUGGGAACGAUACAGUGUCUCUGGUCCCUGGCUGGCAGCUGUUCUGUAUGGAGCCUGCACCAGUGGCCUUCUUCCACUGUGAAGUGGUCCCUAAGGAGCCAGCGUUGGUUCUGAAGUGGGCCUGUCCCCCUGGUGUGAACACAGGCUUCGAGCUGGGGGUCAGGAGUGAUGCUUGGGACAAUAUGACACGCCUGGAGAACUGCACUUCAGACGAUGACACAGAGUGCAGGACAGAAGUCACCUAUUUGAAUUUUUCUACCUCGUACAACAUCAGCAUUGCCACCUUGUCAUGUGGAAAGACGGCGCUCCCCACCCAGAGCACCUGCACCACCAGCAUCACAGACCCGCCUCCUCCAGAUGGAUCCCCUAAUAUUACAUCAGUCAGUCACAAUUCAGUAAAGGUUAAGUUCAGCGGUUUUGAAGCCAGCCAUGGACCUAUCAAAGCCUAUGCUGUCAUUCUCACCACUGGGGAAGCUGGCCAACCUUCUGCAGAUGUUUUGAAGUACACGUAUGAAGAUUUCAAAAGGGGAGCCUCGGAUACUUAUGUGACAUACCUCAUAAGAAUAGAAGAGAAGGGACGGUCUCCGGGCUUGUCUGAAGUCUUGAACUACGAGAUUGAUGUGGGGAACCAAUCUACCACCCUCGGCUACUACAACGGGAGGCUGGAGCCUCUGGGCUCCUACCGGGCUUGCGUUGCUGGCUUUACCAAUAUUAUCUAUAACCUUCAAAACGACGGCCUCAUCAAUGGGGAUGAGAGCUAUGUGUCUUUCAGUCGAUAUUCAGAGGCCGUGUUCUUGCCCCAAGAUCCAGGUGUCAUCUGCGGAGCAGUGUUUGGAUGUAUCUUUGGUGCCCUGGCCAUCAUGGCUGUGGGAGGCUUCAUCUUCUGGAGAAAGAAAAGGACAGGUGCCAAGAAUAAUGAAGUGUCCUUUUCUCAAAUUAAACCUAAAAAGUCCAAGCUAAUCCGAGUAGAGAAUUUUGAGGCCUACUUUAAGAAGCAGCAAGCUGACUCCAACUGUGGGUUUGCAGAGGAAUACGAGGAUCUGAAGCUGAUUGGAAUAAGUUUACCUAAAUAUACAGCUGAAAUAGCUGAAAACAGAGGGAAGAACCGCUACAACAAUGUCCUGCCCUAUGAUAUUUCUCGAGUCAAACUUUCAGUCCAGACCCAUUCCACGGAUGACUACAUCAAUGCCAACUACAUGCCUGGAUACCAUUCCAAGAAAGAUUUCAUUGCCACACAAGGACCUUUACCCAACACUUUGAAGGAUUUUUGGCGUAUGGUUUGGGAGAAGAACGUAUAUGCCAUUGUUAUGUUGACCAAAUGCGUGGAGCAGGGAAGGACCAAGUGUGAGGAGUAUUGGCCUUCCAAGCAGGCUCAUGACUAUGGGGACAUCACGGUGGCAAUGACAUCAGAAGUCGUUCUUCCAGAAUGGACCAUCAGAGAUUUCGUGGUAAAAAACAUGCAGAAUAGUGAGAGUCAUCCUCUGCGGCAGUUCCAUUUCACCUCCUGGCCUGACCAUGGUGUUCCUGACACCACCGACCUGCUCAUCAACUUCCGGUACCUGGUCCGGGAUUACAUGAAGCAGAUCCCUCCUGAGUCACCAAUCCUGGUGCACUGCAGUGCUGGGGUUGGAAGGACGGGCACUUUCAUUGCUAUCGAUCGCCUGAUCUAUCAGAUAGAGAAUGAAAACACCGUGGAUGUGUACGGGAUUGUCUAUGAUCUUCGGAUGCACAGGCCUUUGAUGGUGCAGACAGAGGACCAGUAUGUUUUCCUCAAUCAGUGUGUUUUGGAUAUUAUCAGAGCCCAGAAAGACUCAAAAGUUGAUCUCAUCUAUCAGAACACAACCGCCAUGACAAUCUAUGAAAACCUCGAGCCAGUGAGCAUGUUUGGAAAGACUAAUGGGUACAUCGCCUAGUUCCAAAGCAAACCCUGUCUGCAGCUCACCAGACGGACGUCACACCCACAGUGGAGGAGCGCGCCCCGAUGGGGACAUGUUUUAUAUGUCUCAUUUCUCAGUUCUUUGUUCUGUUCUGUUAGAACUACCUGCAGGGCAUGGGGCUGUGUGCAUGGCAGAUGGGCAGCGGGGCUGUCGGGCUGUGGACAGGUGGCGUGUAAAUCAGCUGCAUUCCUGAUUACCAAUGGGAUGGCUUCACUUUCUGUUUUCUCCUUGAGAAUUGUGGACAACCAGGAAAAGUGAGCUUAUGUUUUUGUCUUGCAAACAGGUUUGUUCUCUCUUUCCCUCCCCCUCCUCUCCCUCUCCCUCCCCUACCUCUCUGUUUUUUUUUUUUUAAGACUUUUAUAUGAUUCACAUGCUAAAGCCAGGAUUAUGUUGGGUUGAAUAUAUUUUAAGUAUCAGAGGUCUAUUUUUACCUACUGUAUCUUGGAAUCUAGCCGAUGGAAACGCACGACUGUGGACUGUGGGUGUUUCUCAUGCAGGGAGGGGCCCGUGGUGCCUCUUCUGCGUGGGUUUCUAUUUGAACAUGUGCCUUUUCUGAAUUAUGCUUCCACGGGCAACACUCAGUAGAUAUCUCUAUUUUUAUAUUGAAUCUCAGAAUUGGAAUAUACAGAAUAUUUAAGCAGUAGCUUAGUAUCAGAGGCUCGCCUCCUCAGUAACAUUCCUGUUCCCUUUGAUGAGAGGAGGCCUUCUCUGCGGCCCACCAUUGACACAUGUGUGCUCCACGUUCCUUUUGCUUGCUUUCUUUUUCCCCUCCCAGUUUUCCGCCAAAGACUUCUGUUGGUGAAAUUUUCAUCCCAUUGGCUGGGUGAGAAUAGACAUUUAAACGAUCACCAUGAGACUCCCUGUGGGUGGGAGAGGGGAGGAACAGAGGAAUCAGCAUAGCAGGGUGUGCACCCCCUCUCAUCCCGGCUCCUACUUCCUCUCAUUUCUGUCUUUGGUAAGAAGGAUUAUUUAAAGGUGCAAUAUGUGACGUAGUGGUUCACAAUGCUCUGGGUUCUUAGUAAUGUUUUACUCAGGUUGUCAUUUUAUGUGUGUUUGUGUCUGUGUGUCUCUGUAUGUGUGUGUGUGUGUGUGUGUAUGUGUGUGUGUUUUAUAGCGUGGUGAUCUGUGAACAUUUCAGUGUGAACUCAGAUUAACCCCCCACCCCAAGUCCACUGGCUUUAGUCUAUCUGCAGUGACACACAUCAGUAUCUACUGUAUAUAUAAAUACUAAACUCUUACACCAGUCAUUCCUAUGAAUUGAGGUGUACAAAGCUUGAUUUGUAUCAAAGAUGUAAUUAUUAUUUUUAAAACCUCUUUUCACUACACUGCUGCUGUAAUUACUUCAAAUUUUUAAAGAAAAUGUAGAUUUCUUUUUUUUUUUUUUGCUUCAGGUGUGUAUUCACCAAGAAUUUCAGAAUUUAUGUGGUUUUAUUUUAUUGGUACAUAAUCUGUAAACUUCUCAAGGCAUUAACAUGACAAGAUUUGUGUCUUUUAUUUUAUCUUGUGGCUCAGGUUAUAUGUGAAGAACUUUCAAGUUUAUUUUCUAGUAGGCAAUGAAGAAAAUAUAAGGUCUUAUGAAGGAAUGACCAAGUUCCUGGAGUCCAGUGGCUGUUUUCUGCAGCAACACACCCUGCUGUAUGUUUGGGGCUAUGGUAUCGUGUUAAGGAGGAGGGCAGGGUCUUCUCCAAGGACCUGGCCACCGUGGGCCUGGGGUAACCCGUCUUCUCAUGUUCUGCACUCUGUUCCUUGAGUCACCAGCACUUUGAUGGCUGACUGGACCUGAUCAUGAGUAUGUGUAGGCUCAGAGAGGGCGCACCACGAUGUACUGGGAGCCCUGGCUGUGGCCCAGCGCUGUAGCACUGUCCUGCCAUGGCUGUGCUGUGUGCCCCCUUUUCAUUUGCGGUACUGAAAGGAUUGAAAGAAGAGGUCAUGGCGCUGUAAUGCGUUGGGGAAGAAUUUGACUUCUCACAUGGAAACUGCACUUUUUGCUAAAUCCUUUGCAUUUUGAUGUUCAUUUAGUGUCCAGUCCUACUGAGAAUGGGCUGGCCAGGGUAGGUUGGGCCCCUUGACUCAACUUCACUGGGGAACUUGACUCUGCAGUUGUGAAUCAGGGAAGCCAUGCUGUCUUCAGGUGUGGAGAGAUGCUGAUUAUUUCCAAAUGCCCUCUCUGGUCUGCCCAAUAGGAGGCACUGACUUUGGGGGUGCUGAAGAGGGGCUUGUUCUGGCAGUAGUUGUGUGCACCACGUACACACCUCUUCAGUUUGUUAGGAACUGUUGUAGUGGGUGGUGAGGGGUGCAAUCCCGUGCAGAGCCUAUGCCCUGCCUCAGCUGUCAGGAAAGCAUGAGGAAGGACUUGCCCUUAAAAUAGUCCUGUAGAAGAUUAGAGGCCCUUAAAAAAUCAAAGCAACAUAAUCGUAAACACACUGUAUAAAACUGUAAAACACAGCAACCUUUUCCACUCCUGCCUGUAUGGGUCUGGGAAGUCUUUAGGCAUCAGCCCCAGCAAGCCAUUCCCAGACUCCGGAGGAAGGCUAGUGGCCGAGAGGUCUGGAGUUCCAAAUGGGCAGGUCACGAGAAGUUCACCUCGCCAUCCUACAUCGAAGGAGGACUGUGUGGUGGAAUUUGCAGCACGCAGCCACUGGAAAGGGAAGAUUAAUGACAGAGGCUGGGGCUGGGCAGGGGUGGAGUGAGGGGGAGGGGCCUUCUCACCGUUCACUGCAAGCCCUCAGUGGAACUGAGAACAAAAGUUGGAAGAGUCUGGUGACACUGGAACGACGGAGCUCGCUGUUCAGAUACGAUGGCAGCACGGAGAAAAGCAGCCAGUGUGGGACUCGCUGUCAGUGAAAGGGCGACCGACAGGUGGCCAACUGCUUUGAAGGACUUGAGCCAUUGAUGGAUGCCUUCUAAGGAGAAGGGCUUUUCCACCAGAGCUGAAUUUAGCAACAGUUGACACCAGCGGGACAUUUGCUGACUGUACUCUGAGGCCACUUUGUGAUCUCCAGCUAGACUUUGGCACAAUGGACCUGCUGACUUUGUGCUUUGUGAAGUUGGAGGUGCUGGGGGGUGGGGGUGGGGAGGAGGCGGGGCGGGGUCAACUAUGCAGCUGGCUCAUUCAUGCUUGUUUCUGGGAUGGAGAAGCCCGGGUUUAUUAUUAUUAUUAUUAUGUUUUUUUUUAAAUUUUUUUUGCAAUGCUUGAUUGUGCUUGUUGAGCUAAACAAGCCCGGUGAUUGAAGGUGAUUCACCUCAAAACAGAGUUGGAAUUCUGCAUUUUUCAGAUUGCUGCGUAGCGGCUCUGUGUUUAACAACUGUAGCUUUUUCUCCUUGGGGCACGAAUAGAAGUGCUGAUGUGGACUCUAAGCUGUACUUUUCUUGUAACUAUUUUGGAAUGAUGCACAUUUCUAAUGUCUGUUAUACUUGUACAGAGUAUUACUGUUGGUUGCUUUUUUUUUUAAAGGAAAAAAUGGCCUGAAAAACUUUUUUAAAGGACUUACAAAUACCAAAUAUAAAAUAUGUCAACACA